AGGGGAGUCAGCUGAGGGGAAAGUUCAGAAACCCUCCGCAGAGACUCGAGCUCCAUGGCGAGCGGAGGCAGCGUCCGGACCCGGCUGCAGGACUCCUCGGAGUCGGACUCGGAGCUGGAAGGGGGUCUGGCACAGCCGGCGGGCGUCGCCGGACCCUCGGCCGGUUCCUUCCCCGGGUCCCAGGUCAUCCACAGCGGACACUUCAUGGUGUCGUCACCGCACAGCGACUCUGCGGCGCGCAGGCGGAGAAAGAGCGGCGCUUCGCUCCGGUAUGACUUCGACACAGUGAACCGAACCUGGUGUCAGACGUACCGGUACCACUCCGGGAGCCUGAGCAUCGACCCCACUCUGACCCGCUUGUUUGAGUGCAUGUCCCUGGCUUACAGUGGGAAGAUAGUUUCUCCCAAAUGGAAGUCAUUUAAAGGUCUACGGUUGCUUUGGAGGGACAAGAUCCGCCUGAACAAUGCGAUCUGGAGAGCGUGGUUCAUUCAGUAUGUGGAGAAAAGGAAGAACCCAGUGUGUGGGUUUGUCACGCCGCUGGAAGGCUCGGAGGCAGAAGCACAUCGGAAACCUGAAGCGAUCAUACUGGAAGGCAGUUACUGGAAGAGGAGGAUUGAAGUGGUGAUCAAAGAGUAUCACAAGUGGAGGAUUUACUAUAAGAAGAGGCUUCAGAAAAAGAAGGAUGAUAUUCUGUCAAUGCUGCAGGAGGGACAGAUCUGUCAGGCCAAGCUGGACAAAAGGUCCAAUCAGAGCUACCAGGAGCCUGAGAUUGCCCCAGUGGAGGUCCACAUGUUUGACCUGGACUGUCUUCUCUCUGACAUCUCCGACACGCUGUUCACCAUGACACAAAAACCGUGUCCCUGGAACAGCGAGCGAUACAACACGUACAUCUGUAAUGCUGACAUCAUUCAGCCAGGACUGACUCCACUGCAGCCCAACCUGGAUGAAUUUAUGGACAUACCAGACAUCUUCAUAAACUACCGAGACGAGCCCACAGAUCAGACCGGUUUUUCAGACUGUAGCUAUUAUGAGAGCUCAUCCAGCACAGUGUUUGCGCCCGCCCCCAAGGUAACGACCCCCCAGCUGCUCAUAGACACCCAGCUCCCUCAGCCUGAUCUCUCAUCAGACAGUUUGUCUCAGCCUUCUACAUCCAGCACUCGCACGGACCAAUCCAGGUCGAGUCAGGAUUGCGGGGACUUCCACACAUCUGGAUUGGAAUCAGGAGCCCUGCCGUAUGGACAUCAGUCAUACCGUGACGCACCUCUUUCUGUAGGAUUCACCAGUAAUGCCGAUCAGCCGACCCCCGCUAGUGUUCGAUAUCUGCAUCCGCUGCCCUGCCACAAGUUUGGUUUCUAUGCAACAACUGGCGUCACUUCCACUGUCAUCACCCACACGGCCUCCACCGGGGGGGCUCAGGGUUCUGUGUACCAGACUCACAGCUACCCUCAAGCAGUGGAAGCAUUCUCACAGACUCUCUGCCACCCUCUCAGUUACCCAGCCGCCCCCUCUGACCCGGUCCACUCAGCGCUCCCUCCGACCACAGCGGCCCACUCCCUCUCUGUCCCGAAGCAGGUGGCUGCUUCAGGGGUCAGAGGGAAGCACAAGCAAAAGACAGGAGGGGCAAGGAUGCUCGGCCCCUCCGCUUUGCCCUCCGACCCCCACUCCAGUGUCCCCAUGCCAACUAGCUGCCUGGCUAAGCUGCUUUCCUCCGGCACACACGAACGAAAGCCCACGCUUGGAUUUAAUAGUACGACCCUAGUGACAACCAAAGGUCAGAAGUCAACAACUACCACCUCUUUGCAUGGAGCAGGUUGGCCUGCGGUGGUGGCACCUCUGCAAGGUCAGAGCGCUGCCCUAGGCCACAGUGAACCCCACGCCAGCACCUCCAGAGGCUCUGCAGUGUCCGCCCUUCUCACCCACAGCUCCACAAACACCGACACGGCGCUCCUCAUUCCCAAAACGGAGAAACUCUCACCUGUUCAGCUCCAUGUCUCAGACAGGAGCAGCGUGACCGACAAAUCGUCCAAUCCCGAGUCCCCGCAUUCAGGCUUCUCAGGGCAUGGGAAGAUAGAGUCCACUAAGCAAACAGAGACCAGGAGGAUCACUCACAUCUCAGCCGAGCAAAAGAGGCGUUUCAACAUCAAACUGGGAUUUGACACGUUGCAUAACCUUGUGACAACGCUGAGCUCGCAGCCGAGCAUAAAGAUCAGCAAAGCCACGACUCUGCAGAAGACCGCUGAGUACAUCGGUAAGAUGCAACAGGAGAGAGCUCAGCUGUAUGAGGAAGUUCAGAGGCUCCGAGAGGAGAUCCAGCACCUCAACUCAGCCAUCAAUUCUUGCCAGCAGCAGCUUCCAGCCACCGGCGUUCCCAUCACCCGGCAGCGCUUCGACUACAUGAGGCAAAAGUUCAGGGACUACGUCCGCGCUCAGACUCUGCAAAACUGGAAGUUCUGGAUUUUCAGCAUCAUCAUCGAGCCUCUGUUUGAGUCUUAUAACGGGAUGGUUUCCACUGCCAGUGUGGAGGAUCUGUGUCGCUCUACUCUCUCCUGGUUGGACCAGCACUGUGCCCUGCCCACCCUCAGACCCACGGUUCUGAGUUCACUCCGUCUCCUAAGUACCACCACGGCCAUCCUGACGGACCCGAGUCUGCUGCCAGAGCAGGCCACACUCGCCGUCACCCAGGGUGACCCCCCCGCUGCCAUGGACCACUCCUUACAACCUGUCAGUCGGCAGUAGGACACACCCCUCCCUCUCAGGCGUCUGAAGAUUACUCGGACGCCCAUUAUGUAAACACAAGACAUACUGGUGGACAGCCUGAGGACUCUUGCUAUUAAAUAAUGAUUAAUAAUCACAUUUAUAAUAAAACUCAAGUUUAUGCUUAAGGAAACACUUCUAAGUACGUUUAUUAUUAUUUACCUCACAUGAAGACAACAGUCACCGUCAAUCAUUUCUCAUUUAUAAUGUGUCCUAAAAGACAGUUUCCAAACAUGGUUGGACGAUCCUGGAUGUCCUCGGCCUCUGUGCUAAUAUAUGAUGUCAGUGCCGUACGACUUGCUCAUAUUAUGUUGUGUUUUUCUGCUUAUUGGUGUCAGUUUUUAAAAUAAACAUUUAUAUUGGUGGCAAAGAA